AUGGACUACCUAUUCUACGACAUCUUCAAGGAAGGGAAGACCCUUGACGACGCCCCACUUGCCUUACUUCGCAAAGAGUCCGAGUUUGCCUGGGCUUCAACCACUAGCGGGGAAACCACUCGAUUCUUCCCUUCCAUAACCGACGAAGAAAACAAGGUCAACGGAGCGGUCGUGCAUUGGAGAGGCAUUGAGAGCCCAGAACGUGCUGAGUCCAUCAAACAGGAGGUGCCGUGGAUUAAGCAUGGGUUUUCAGACGCCAAGGUCAUCCCCAUUGGAAAUUUCACUUCGGUGUCUAAGCUCUUCCACCAAGGAGGAAAGUAUCUGCACUGUGAGCCAGUGCAACGUCUGCAGCCUUUUAUCACGGACCCAUGUGUGACAUGGUAUGCUGUUAUCGUCGCAAGGGAUGCAUUGUCAUAUGAUACGAGGUUUGGGGAGAGAGAUGCAUUGCACUGCGUCAGGCUUUGGAAAGGUAUGUAUUAG